AAGUUCUUCCAAUCUCUCAAUCCAAAUGCUGAUGAGAAGGUUCCAUGUAAAGUAUUGAUAGAUGCGUGGGUGUUCUUUACCACAAAUGAAGAUGAAAGUGUGAAAGAUGUUAUCAAAGAGUCAUUGGAGGAACGUCUGUAGGGCAUUUGUCAGUGCUAAAAGAGAGUAAUAACGCUGUCGAUGAUGUACAUUGCUUACACGUGCUUUAUGUUCCUCAAGUACAGCUUCAUAUAUAUACAUUUGUAUAGCUUAGUCUGUCAAUUUAAGAAAUAAAAUCGGACGAUAGUUUCUCAAAUAUCUGUGUAUUUAAUAGAAUAUAUGUUUUAUGAAAACAAUAAUCUGUAUAAGUUAUUGAAGUUGUUCUCUGAGUCGAAGAUGUAUUUUAAACUUAACUAAUAAAAUGUAAAACUGAUGUAUAUACACAUGUAUAACCUACGUAAUGCAAGGGGCAUAGACAGUGUAAACCUUGGACAUAUAUAUUAAAAGUUGUGUCAGCAUGAUAUUUCUACAGUUUAAGUUUUAAAGAGACCACCAAAGGCAUGAUUAUCGACAAAAUAAAUAUAAUUUUUGUAAUGGUACAUAUUAUUUAAGAGAAAUAAACGUGAAUUGAUUUUAAUUGCAA